AUGUUUCAGCCACUGCGGUAUCUACUCCUGGCCAUAGCAGUGGUCCACUGUGACUGCACCGCCAAAUCAGCUCUCCAGGAGCAGCAUGGAGGCUCAGACACAACGUGUCCCCUAACAGUGAAGGUCCUGGAUGCGGUGAAAGGAACUCCUGCAGGACGAAUGGGAAUUAAGGUGUACAGAAAAAGCGCAGAAUGGGUCCAGGUAGCUGCCGGAGUGACAGAUGCCGCCGGAGAGAUUCACAACAUGAUCACAGAGCAAGAGUUCCCUGCUGGACUGUAUCGUGUUGAGUUUGACACCAAAGCCUACUGGCUCAGCGAGGGCACAAAACCAUUCCACGAAGUGGCUGACGUUGUGUUUGAAGCCCAUGCGGACGGUCACCGCCAUUACAUACUGGCACUGCUGCUCAGCCCAUAUUCCUUCACCACCACAGCAGUCAUCACCAACCCUCACCAGUGA